AAAAUCCAGCAGCUGUCAAUUUGUUGGCUGUCAAAUCUGUUACAUAACCUCAUUUUCGAUAAAUAACCAAUUCAAGAUAAGAACCCCGUGUGUGUGUGUCCAACUAUCCGUGGUAGUGUAAAAUCGAUGGCCUCAUCCACCUCUAGCACAACUUCAUCGCUCCAAAAAUGGCAAAUCGCUCUCGGAAUCGGAGCUGUAAGCGCUCUAGGUCUCAGUUACUGGUACUUAAAAACCGGCCGAAAGCCCCAAUUGAAAGACACCAGCGAUACAAUAUCAAUCGAUGAGUCCGUCAAAGAUCCCCCUAAGGACCCCACCCCUUUGGAGCAAGCCCAACAGUAUAAAACUUCCGGAAACGAAAUGUUCAAAAAAGGCAAAUUUGACGAAGCCAUCCACUUGUACAACAAAGCCAUCGAGGCAUGUCCGGAAGAAUUCAAAACGGAAUUAGCGACGUAUUAUCAAAAUCGAGCAGCGGCUUACGAAAACCUUAAAAAAUGGAGCAGUGUAAUUGCUGAUUGUACCAAAGCGAUUGAAUUGAAUUCGAGAUACGAAAAGGCGUUAAUGAGGAGAGCCAAGGCUGAGGAAAUUGUCAAAGACUGGGAGAAUUGUUUGGAUGACGUCACGUGUGUGUGUCUUUUGCAACAAUUCCAGAAUCAAACGGCACUCUUGAUGGCUGAUCGCGUUUUGAAAGAGUUAGGUAAAAAACACGCACAGGAGGCCAUGCUUAACCGAAAACCUAUAAUUCCGUCAAAGACUUUUAUCAAGACUUAUUUUUCGUCGUUUUCUGAGGAUGUGGUUUAUCAGAAAUUGACUGAAGUGGGGGAUCCACUCGGCCAAGGAGAGCUUUCGGGUUUCCUCAAAGCCAAACUCGCUUUCGCUACGGAAAAAUACGAAGAAAUAAUCCCAUCUUGUACCGAAGAAAUCAAUUCAAGUGAAUCCGAAUCGCCGUUUAAAAUCGAAGCUUUAUCACUCCGAGCUUCGUUUUAUUUUCUCACUGGAAAUCUAGACAAAGCACUUGAAGACUUGACCACGAUCAUAAACACCGACUGCGAUGUUAAAAUUAAAGUUAAUUCACUAAUCAAGCGUGCGUCGAUUUACAUGCAAAAUGAGAAGCUCACAGAGUGCCUUGAGGAUUUCGAUAAAGCGGCUGAAGUCGGCCCGGAAAUUUCCGAUGUUUUCCAUCAUCGAGGUCAAGUCAAGCUUUUGAUGGAAAAAACAAAUGAGGCGAUACUCGAUUUUCAGAAAGCUGUUGAUUUAAAUCCGAAUUUUUCGGUGGCUUUUGUACAAAAAUGCUAUUCGGAUUAUCGGCACGCAAUGCAAGUGCAGGACGUGCAACUUUUGAUGCAAAGUUUGGCCAAUUUCAAGAAAGGCAUUGAAAAAUUCCCAACUUGUGUCGAGACUUACGUUUUGUACGCGCAAGUUUUGACCGAGAAACAGGAUUAUGAAGAGGCAGAUAAGUUGUAUGGAAAAGCGCUAGAGAUUGACUCGGAAAAUGCCUCGAUUUACGUACAUCGAGGUCUUUUGAUGUUGCAAUGGAAAGGUGAGAUUGAACAAGCGGUCGAAUUGAUGAAAGAAGGAAUCAAAAUUGAUGAUAAAUGCGAAUUUGCCUAUGAAACUUUAGGGACAGUUGAGGUUCAAAGAGGAAAUUUAGUCGUUGCGAUCGAUUUAUUCAACAAAGCUAUAGCGUUGGCACGAUCUGAAAUGGAACUCACUCAUUUGUUUUCGCUCAGAGAUGCAGCAACGUCGCAAUUAAAAGUCACUACACGACUAGGGAUUGAUUCGCAGCAUAUGGUUAACAAAUAAUUGUUAGUUGUUGUAUUAAAUUGUACCCCUCCUUAAAUUUUUUAGUGUAAAUAUGGCAUUCCAGACAAUAUCGCAAAAAUUUUAGUGUAUUAAUUUCAAACAGGUGCUUAAUAAACCAUUUCUAUCCAAAA